UGCACUAAUAUGAGUGCAGAGGCAGAGUGAGAGAAAAAGAGGGAGGGAGUCACCUUCUCUUAACAUGGAAGGAAAAAGAUCGAAUGGUUCUCCGUGAUAAAAUCUACAGAAAACUGAAAUACCGUCUUUAAAAAAUCAACAACGGAACAUUCCUUUCUUAAAGGGAUAUUUAACCGAUUGGACAAAGGCAGUUUGACCUUUCGCCUAGUGCCAGUUCAAUCACAACAAAGUGACAACCAUUCAUUGAAAAAGGAUUUAAAAACUUGAACCAUUGUUAUUUGGCACCUGGAGCGUCCAUUUCCACUGGAGGCAGAAGCUCUGAGGACCUGCUCGAUCUCAUCAACAUUUAAUUACCUUUUAUCAGCCUCUGAUGUUCUAUUCAGAUUUACAGUUGAAGUCUGAGACCACACACAUCAAUGCUGUCAUAGUUGCUUUUUACUGGGAGCUGUUGAUGCAGUAGGCCACAGUUGGCUCAUUCAUUAUUGACACAUCCCAACAUCAUAUUGUAGUUGCACACGUGCAGGGAGUAGAGUGAAGACAGUCCAGCCCAGCACUCUUCCGCUCAAAAUCCAAAAUGGUAGAAGCGCCUAUCUAUGCCACAGGCAUGGCAGCCAGGCUGCGGAGCCAGUGGGACCGCGACGAAGGCCUGGGACAGUUCCACAAGGCAGUGAAGCUCCUGGGUCAGGAUUAUGAAGCAUUACGAGCCAGGAGCCUGCAGAGUGGGAAGCUUUUUGAGGACAGCCUGUUCCCGUGCGCCACGUCAUCUCUGGGAUUCAACGAGCUUGGACCGAGGUCUUCGAAAACCCAAGGAGUUCGCUGGAUGAGGCCAACGGAGUUCUGCAGGCAGCCAGAGUUCAUCGUGGACGGAGCGACCCGCACAGACAUCUGUCAGGGAGCUCUGGGGGACUGCUGGCUGCUGGCGGCCAUCGCCUCCCUGACCUUAAACACCGCCCUCCUCCAUAGAGUGGUUCCUCAAGGUCAGAGCUUCAAGCAGGGAUACGCCGGCAUCUUUCACUUCCAGUUCUGGCAGUUUGGUGAGUGGGUGGAGGUGGUGAUCGAUGACCGGCUGCCAGUCAAAGACGGGAAGCUGCUGUUUGUGCACUCGGUGGAGGGGACCGAGUUCUGGAGUGCACUGCUGGAGAAGGCCUACGCCAAACUCAACGGCUGUUAUGAGGCUCUGUCAGGGGGCAGCACGUCUGAGGGCUUUGAGGACUUCACUGGUGGUGUGACGGAGAUGUACGAACUCGGCAAGGCUCCCUCUGACCUGUACAGCAUCAUCAGGAGGGCCAUAGAAAGAGGGUCACUGCUGGGCUGCUCCAUUGACAUCACCAGCUCACGAGACAUGGAGGCCGUGACGUUCAAGAAGCUGGUGAAGGGACACGCCUACUCUGUGACUGCUGUGGACGAGGUGGUCUACCGAGGAAAUAUGACCAAGCUGGUGCGCAUCAGGAACCCCUGGGGUGAGGUGGAGUGGACCGGUGCCUGGAGCGACAACUCCAGAGAGUGGGACAACAUCGAUCGCUCCAACAGAGAUCGGUUGCAGAACCGAAGCGAGGACGGUGAAUUCUGGAUGUCCUUCAGCGACUUCCUGCGAGAGUUCUCUCGCCUGGAGAUAUGCAACCUGACGGCCGACACGCUGCACGACACCCGUCUGAAGAAAUGGAGCUCCUCCCUUUACCAGGGGGAGUGGAGGAGAGGCAGCACAGCAGGAGGCUGCAGGAACUACCCAGCAACCUUCUGGCUCAACCCUCAGUUCAAGAUCUCUCUGCAGCAUCCAGAUGCCCCCGGCCAAUCAGAUUGCAGCUUCCUGGUUGGCCUCAUGCAGAAGGACCGCAGGAAGAAACGGCGGGAAGGCAAAGACAUGGAGACCAUUGGAUUUGCCCUCUAUGAGAUUCCACGUGAGUUCGUUGGCAGGUCCGGUGUCCACCUGAAGAGGGAGUUUUUCCUCACCCAUGCCUCCAGCGCUCGCUCUGAGACCUUCAUCAAUCUUAGGGAGGUCAGCUCGCGGCUUCGGCUGCCUCAGGGAGAAUACAUCAUCGUCCCGUCCACCUUCGAGCCACACAAAGAGGCUGACUUUGUCCUCAGGGUCUUCUCUGAGAUGCCGGCCGACUCUGAGGAGCUAGAUGACAGUGUUGAAGCAGAGCUUCCAAAUGAGACUCAGCUGGAUGAGAGCCAGAUUGACGCAGCCUUCAAGAAUCUCUUCAGGCAACUGGCAGGGCCGGACAUGGAGAUCAGCAUCACCGAGCUGCAAACCAUCCUGAACAGGAUCAUCAGCAAACAUAAAGACCUGAAGACGGACGGGUUCACAAAAGAAGCUUGUCGCAGCAUGAUCAACCUUAUGGAUACGGACGGCAGUGGAAAACUGGGACUGACAGAAUUCCAUGUUCUCUGGGAGAAGAUCAAACGUUAUCUGACCAUAUUCAGGCAGUUUGACUUGGACAAAUCAGGAACCAUGAGCUCGUACGAGAUGAGGAUGGCUCUCGAGUCUGCAGGUUUCAAGUUGACCAACCACCUGUUCCAACUCAUCAUCCUGCGUUAUACGGAGGCGGACAUGGCAGUGGACUUUGACAACUUCGUCACAUGUCUGGUCAGACUGGAGACCAUGUUCAAAACCUUUAAGACCUUAGACACUGAUGCGGACGGUGAAAUCACCCUCAACUUCUUCCAGUGGAUUAGUUUGACCAUGUUUGCCUAGAGACAAGUGGACUCCGUUGAAAGCCCCGUGUCCGACUGCAGCCCACAGGCCUCGGGAUCUGUCGUCUCGGAAGUGCCUUCUUUUAGCUCUACGGCUUCUCGUUCCUCUUCUCUGAGACUAAAGACUUGAAGACCAUUUUUAUUGUGCCUGCAUCGGAAACGUGCCAAUACGCCGUUGGUUGUAGCAAUUUUAUCAAGGAGAAAAUCCC